CAAGGUCUGUGAGGGGGAGGUUUCCUCGGGUGCAUCACCUCAGCCCUUGGAUUCGUCUCGCUGCGGGCUUCGACCUCAGCCUGAAGUGAUGAGUGAUAAAGCAGAGGAGUCCGCUGCUGGGCCCAAAGGCCAAGUGAGACGUCCUGGAAAACCCAUCACUCCGCCUCCGUUUAAGAAAAGGCUGAGCAUGCCGCUGCCAUCAGUGAGAGAGGAAGGAGACGGAGCAUCCCAACCCGAGGGCUCAGCCAUCUCCUGGGAAGAUGAUGACCCCCAAGACACAGCAAUGUAUGUGUCGGGAGAUGUGCCCGAUAAACUGCCAAUACCAGCGGAAAUCAAUAUGGAAAUAAAAGUGCAAUUAAAGAAGGAAAUUCGAUAUUUUGAAGGAAAUCCCACACUGGUGGAUAUGUUCGGAUGUCUGAACGUAAGCAUGGGAAGCACAGAACAUGAGAGAAUCUUGAAAUUGCUUGAAGGAGUGCAAGGACCUCCAGAAGUGCAGAAAAAAUUUGUCGUGUAUGCCAUGAAGGAAGCGGCAAGAUUGAAAAGAGAAGACUUAAUAAGUCACCUUGAGAAGGUCCUAGAGAAAUAG